GUCAGUCAGUAUGCCUGUUUCAGCAUAGCAGAGAGAGAGAGAGAGAGAGAGAGAGAGAGAGAGGAGGGGGGGGAGAAGAAAAAAAAAGAAGUAACUUUCUCUGGUUUCUGACUGCAGGCUCUGCCUUGCCGAGGGGCUUCAUCACUGCGCUUCAGUGAAGUGCCCUCUCCAGGUGUGUGCAGCGGUGUGUGUGAGAGUGUGUGUGUGUGUAUGUGAGCCGGAGCCUCAGGAGCCAUGUCGGACCCCCGGGACAUCGACGAGGAUGCCCUCCUCAAGGGCCUCAGCGCCGCGGAGCUGGACCAGCUGGAGAACGAGCUGCUGGAGAUGGACCCCGAGAAUGCCAUGCUGCCCGCCGGCUUCCGGCAGCGCGACCAGACGAAGAAAGGCCCAACGGGGUCGUUCGACCGCGACGCCCUGCAGCAGCACUUGGAGAAGGAGGCCCUGGAUCACGAGGACAGGGAUGACCUGGUGCCCUUCACUGGGCAGAAGAAAGGAAAGACCUUCGUGGCCAAGGAGGCGGCGGAGAUCCCCGGCCACGAGCAGGUGAUGCUGGAGCCGGAGCUGGAGGAGGCGCUGAAGAACGCCUCCGACGCCGAGAUGUGCGACAUCGCAGCCAUCCUUGGAAUGUACACGCUGAUGAGCAACAAGCAGUACUACGACGCUCUGGGCACCACGGGAACCAUCGCCAACACGGAGGGCAUCAACAGUGUCGUGAAGCCCGAUCCGUUCAAGAUCUUCCCCGAUGAGCAGCCCAACCCCACCAACGUGGAGGAGACCCUGGAGAGAAUCCACAACAACGACAGCAGCCUGAGCGAAGUCAACCUCAACAACAUCAAGGACAUUCCCAUCCCGACGCUGAAGGAGAUCUUCGAGGCGAUGAAGGGGAACUCUCACGUUGAGUCUCUGAGCAUCGCCGCGACCCGCAGCAACGACCCCGUGGCCUACUCCUGUGCUGAGAUGCUGCAGGAGAACACCAGCUUGCAGAGUCUUAACGUCGAGUCCAACUUCAUCACUUCUGACGGCAUGAUGGAGAUCAUCAAAGCCAUGAACAGCAACGCCACGCUGGUGGAGUUCAAGAUCGACAACCAGAGGCAGAAGCUGGGAGACUCGGUUGAGAUGGAGAUCGCCUCCAUGCUGGAGAACAACUCCAGCAUCCUCAAGUUCGGGUACCACUUCACUCAGCAGGGUCCCCGCGCCAGGGCUGCCAUGGCGAUCACGCGGAACAACGACAUGAUUCGCCAGCAGAGGUUGAGAUGAAGACGGGCGAGCAGAAGAAGAACCGAUCCUCACCAGAAGAACCCGGGUCGCGACCCGAACCCACUAACAGCCAUUUCAUUUCAUUUAAGAGAGCUAUUUUAUUUUUAUUUUUUUUGUAGACUGCUGAAUUCAUCAUAAAGGCAUGUGUAGGUCACAAGCAACA